AAUGUUUCACUAUAUACGUAUUUCCCGCUCGAGUAAGAAGGAACACACAAAACACAGUAGAACCUAAACUCCGCCGUGUUCGAAGUUAACACCAAUCUCCGCCGUGAAUUCCACCGGCUGAUUCGCCGAUGGCUCACCUUCCUUACGAUCCUUACUAUCUCUAUAAUCAACCGGACCCGACCUACAGUGAACGGAGCAACAUCAACACGCUCUUCAUCUCUGGUCUCCCUGACGACGUCAAGGCGCGCGAGAUUCACAACCUUUUCCGCCGUCGCCCGGGGUUCGACUCUUGCCAGCUCAAGUACACUGGACGCGGCAAUCAGGUUGUGGCAUUUGCCACUUUUUACAAUCACCAAUCGGCUGUGACAGCGCUUCAUGCAUUAAAUGGUGUCAAAUUUGAUCCACAAAGUGGAUCGGUUCUGCAUAUUGAACUUGCUAGGUCAAAUUCUAGGAGAAAGCAUAAGCCAGGUGGUGGAGCAUAUGUUGUGAUAGAUAAAAGGAAAAAAACCGAUGCCAAUUCUCAGGAAACAUCAAGUGAUGAUGGAGGCAGUGAACCAGAUGAACCAUCAAAAAAGGCCCAACAAAGCAACGAGGCUGUGGUGACUCCUGCUAAUGCUAUAUCUGCUCCAUAUGAGCAUCAUGAAAAGAAUGAUGGAGGACCUUGCUCCACUUUGUUUAUCGCAAAUCUGGGUCCAAACUGCAAUGAAGAUGAACUGAAGGAAGUCUUGUGCAAAUAUCCUGGAUUCAACGUUCUCAAAUUGCGUGCCAAAAGUGGAAUGCCCGUUGCAUUUGCUGAUUUUGAGGACAUCGAACAAGCUAGCAAGGUUAUGGAGGAGCUUCAGGGCAGCGUGCUACCUUCAUCAGACCGUGGCGGCAUGCAUAUAGAGUAUGCUCGGUCUAAAAUGAGGAAGUCUUAGCUGGAAAGCAUUCAUCAGUCUGGCUAUUGCUAUGUAGUAGUUAGUUAAUCUCAUAGUGGAAGCUUUCUAAGGAGAACCGAGAUCUGACUUUAGCUAUCUUAGUUAAAAGGAAAAAAGGAAGGAAGAGAGAAAAUUCUCGUGAUGGAUGAGAUGCAGUUCAUUUGGUAGCGCAGUGUAUCAGAUGUUGUGGCUCAACUAAAAUCCUAUUAGUUAGUGGACUUUCAGUUUGAAUUUGGUUUUUGGUGACCAUAAGAACAAGCAAGGAUGAUCCCUCUCUAAACUAAAAGACAAACGCUUCAUACAUACGUUCAAACUCCGGGAUGGAUUGGACUUGUAGUAUCUUUCUUUCUGCUCUUUGUUGGAGGGGCUGAUUUAGCCUUGUAGGGGGAUGUAACUCGUCAUUAGAUAGUAAUCGGACAAAACGACGUCUAUAUCAAACUACGAUUGAACUUGUAGCAUCUUUCUUUUACUCAAUUGACAACACAACGUCUGUAUCAAACUACAACAGAGGAUUAGUUUAAUUAAUGGUAAGUCAACUAGUUAAAACAUA